ACACGUUAAGGGUUACUAGAAUGGACUGCAAGAACUUACCAUCCGCCGCGCCCCAGGUCAAGUCCAGGGACCUGGACAGGAAGGUGCUGAGGGAGACGCUGUACUCGGAGAUAUUCCAGAGGCACAGGAGGUCCAUCUUCGCGCUGGGCUCCUUCCUCAGGAUGCUGAAAACCAAGAAAUCCAACUACAAUGUGAUAAAGCAGGACGGCGAGUCCGAAUAGCAGUGCGGGUUCCCCUUUAGCUGACCGGUGUGGGGGUGGUGAUUGGCAGGUCGUGCUCGUAAGGAUUACAUGAGUAUAUAUUUUUUUAAUUCCCGUAAAAUCAUAAUUUUAUGUAGAGUUUUGAGUCGCAGUUACCUUGAAAUCUCCUCGAACUUAAUAAUUUUGUCGCGAACACAUUUUCACUGUAAACAAUGACCGACAAAAUCGUAUAUUUAUUGGCAUAUUUUUACCAUGUUAUUAUUAUUACUAAUCGUAGCUUCUCGAAACAUGAUUAUGGUUGUUCAGUUGUUCAGUAAACAGUCCAAUAAUCGAGGUCAAGUUUUAUAUUAACGUAUUUUUAAAAACGUGCACAGCGACUAUUUUUAAAUGGAUAUUAACUACCGAAUUUUUUUCACAAUAGUAAGUUGCGAAAUACAUGUUGUUGAUGAUACGUUUUGCCGAAUGGUGCAUUCUGCGAUACAAAUCGAUAAAAAAAUUAUAAAAACGUGUCCGAAAACGUUUCGCUUUCGAGGUACAAGGUAUUCAAAUAUAAAAAAGUUUCACAUUUCUUCCUAUACCUUUUAAGAACACAAGCUAAUGAUUUAAUCAUGGGCAAAAGUUUACUGAAUUCACAAACGUUUUGACCAGUGGCGGAGAUGUCACUGAAUAUUUUGGAAAUUGGACUGAAAUAUAUUUAAUGGGCUCAUUCAGCAUUUUUU